AUGAGUCUUAUAUAUAAGCACCAUCUAAUAUUACCUGAAUUUAAACUAAAUGAAACUAUUCCUUUUCAAAACCCUUAAUCUAAGACUUUAACUACUUUAAGGUCAUUUCAAAAGAACCAAACAAUUUAAAGAGUAAAUUAAUAAAAACAUGAAAAUCAUGAACAACAUGAAGAAUUCUAAGUUGAGAGCCUUGAUUAAAAUCAACCAUCUAAUAGAAAAAUUAGUCCAAAUGAUAAGCAAAAACUUCCAUAAUUAAUAGUUAAAACGGUAGCAUCAAAUGAAAAAACGAUUAAAGAUUAUUUAGAUCAUAUUAAUACAUUAAGAUCUCAAAAAAAUACAUAGAAGCAAACUAAAUUCAAAAAGGUUAGAACAGAAACAGAAAUUGUUUAAUAUGGAGAUAUGAAAUUUAAAAGUAUUAAAGAAAAUACAUCAAAGAAAUCAACUCGUAUGUUUAUUAACAUUUCAAACCCUUAAUCUAAAUCUUAUCUCAUAUUCAGCUAAUAAAUAUAUUAACUAGUUGAAAAUCUACAUAAACUCAAAGUAUUUGCAUAUUUUACAAUAGGAUUAUAUCAACAAUGAAAGAAAAUUACUUUAAGUUAUUAAGUAAUUGAUAGGAUUAAAAAAGAAUCUUCGUAAAGUGUUAUUUAAAUAAAAUGGAGAUGAAUUAGUUGAAUUUCAAGAAAUAACUAAGCUAUGUUGCGUAAAAGAAAUUCAAUAUGUUUUUGGUGAAUAAAAAGUAAUUGAUAAAUUUGAUCUUACAUUAUUUGAUGAUUUAGUGUAUUUAACGGAAACCAUAGGAAAUCUAUUGUUAUAAAAUAAGAUUUAAUCAAUAAAUCGCAUAAAUGAAAACGUAAUCUUUAAUAAAAUAUCAGAUCAUUAAAGAAGCUAAUUAAAUUUAGAAUAUUUAAAUGCAAUUAGGCAUGGCUGAUGAAGAAUAAAAAUUAUCCGUGUAAACUCUUCCAAUGAAAAGAUUUAAUAUGCAUGAUGAAAUUGAAUAACUUGAAUAAAAACUUGGUCCAAUGCAAUUAAUAUCCAAGUAAGUAAGAUAGACAUCAAUGAUUUUAAGCAAAGUUAUUAAUGAAUUAAAUGAUUGA